GUCCCUGCCGGGGGCUGGGGGCUGAGCGGCCCCGGAGCGGCUCCACCCGGAGCGGGUUUUCUCCUCUUCUGGGAACCGGGGCUGCGGUUUGGCCGCACCUUGGGGAGCCCCGCGGGGUCCUGGCUCCCUAUAAACCGGCCGCGUGUGCCCCCGGCCGAGGCUGAGACCCCGGAGCAGUGCACGCCGCGGGAGAGAUGCUGAUGCUGGUGGGGCUGGUGCUGUGCCUCGCUCCUGCGGACUCCCUGAACGCCUUCCCCCCAAAGUUUCGGGUGGGGAAGCUGAAUGGGGACGUGGUGGUGAAGUGCAACACUGCAGAGCAGAGCGUGACCUGGACGCAGAACGGGGAGCCGGAGCCCAUGGCUGAGCUGGUGGCCGAGGGUCAGACCCUCACGAUCCUCGGCUUGGACCUGCCGGCCGCGGGCAACUACAGCUGCUGGGCCGGGGGUGUGCUGCUGGACUCCAUCUACGUGGUGGUCAGCGGCACCCGCGAGGAGGGGAUGAACGUGUCCUGCCAGGCUGAGUCCUACCGCGGCUCCUUCCGCUGCUCCUGGGCCGGUCCCCGCUCCGCCGUGUUCCGCGCCCGCCUCACCCUCAGCGAUGGCUCCCUGGGCGAGUGGGUGCCCGCGUCCCGCCGCCGUGGCCGCUUCAACGCCAGCUUCGUGGACCCCUUCUUCUGCCCCUUCGCCGAGGAGCUGCGCCCGCUGCGGCUGCAGCUGGAGGGGCUCUCGGACACCUCCUACAUCAGCUUCUCCAGCCACUUCUUCAUCCGCGACAUCGUGCGGCCCGACCCGCCGCAGGAGCUGGCCGUGCAGCGGCGCGGGGAGCAUCUCCACCUGGCCUGGGCCCCCCCGGCCUCCUGGCCGCUCCCCCGGUCCUACUUCGCCCUCCUCUACCGGCUGCAGUACGAGCUCCCCAAUGGCACCCAGGCCGACAAAUACGUGGAGGGCGAGGAGGAGACGUGGCUGCGGGACAGUGCUCAGCGGGUGCGCAUCAGCUGCCGGGACCCCUACACCAGCCCCGCCUGGAGCCCCUGGAGCCCCUGGCACGGGACCGGGGCAGCCCAGCAGCGCCGGCUGCGAGCACUCUGAGCCCACCGAGGGCAGCCCGAGACCUCGCACCCAUCCCCUGCCCCACUGCACCUCCGUGUGCCUGGGGCAUGGGGGCACCCCGGGGUGGCAGCAACCAGCACCCA